AUGACGUCUGAUCCAAAUUCACAUAAAGUAGGUAAGGAUAUCUGGACACUUACUGAUCUAGAAGAAAUAGUCGCUGCUAUUGCUUCACUUGGCGAUCGUUAUGAAGAACUAAAUCACGAGACUUUGCGAUUAAAUGCUAAAACAAAAUUAUCGACUUCACUUUGGGAGCAACUUAUUAAAAAAUUAGAACUUGAUAAUACUGAAUAUGGAGAUCAACAGUUCAUUGCGUUCCUGAACGCUGCAAAAGAAGAAGUAUCUGUUCAAAAGAAUAAUAAUGUACAAUUACUACCUGAUCCAUCAUUACCAUUACCUGAACCGCCGAAUACACGUACUCAUAAGGCAAAAACUGUAAAUGGUAAUAUUGUUGAACAGUCAACCGUCAGUGAAGUAUCAUUUAUUUUGACUGCAACUGAAUGGAAAGCUGUACUUAGUUCCACAAAAAAAGAAUUGCAUGAUGGUUGGACAAAAAUAUUUUCCGACAAACUAACUUCAUUUGGAAUUACAUGUGCAUUACAGUUCUUUAAAGCCCAUAUCAAAAAAGGAAAAAGAAAACGACGCUGUAAAUAUUUUUGGUGUCGUUCUAAGUGUACAGGUAAGUAUUGUACUAGAUCAUAUUUUAUUAAACUUGCAGAUAGCGUGGAUUUCAACGGAUCACCAACAUUUCGUGCACAAAUCUCAGGUACAGAAAGACAUGAUGCUGAAAUUGCAACAAUGAAACGUCAACUAUGGUCUUGUGAUAAAAUAGACCCGUGGAAUCGAUAG